GUUUUUUGCUUCUUGCUCGCACUCGUCUUCACGGCCGUCCGAGAAAAGCACAAACUCGUUUUUCUCUUCUACCUCUCUUAGCAACUACGAUCAAACAAUCGUUUUGUGGCCAGAAAAUCGGGACACAGCAGGACGGAAAACGGUUUUAGUUUUACCCUCCCACCCCUACCCCUCUGCGAGAGAACCUGAGUACUUCCUUCGACGAAGUAAAGUAGUUCGGACGGCCAUGGACGGAGCGAGCUGCUAGGCUGACGAGAACGACCUCGGGAAGGGUGCUGGGUUCAGCCGCGCUCAUCACAGUGUGGCGGAGUAGCCAGUUGUUUUCGUAAUGUAAAUCCCAACGCCCGUCGUCGUGUUUCGUCUCCCGUGUCACAUCCGUCCUCGCACGCACGGUGCUGGCUGUUGCUGGCGUACACAGAUGAAUUGCUUCCUGCGUGUGACGUGAGGGUCCGUUUUUUUUGUUUGCUGGCAUUCGCUCGAAAGGAAAAAAAAGUGCGUCGAGGAAGCGUGUGUUCGAACGACUAUCGAUCCUAUCGACUGUUUGGAUUGGGAGGUGGAAAGGGAAAAACCUCGGCGUGCAUUUAGGGCCACGCAGUAUGCCUUUCGGUGACAGAGGCAGUUGUGAAUCAGCUUACUCUACCACCCCCCGCGAAGGCAGCAGCAGCAGCAGCAGCACCAUUGGAUGGAGUUCCGUGUGAUGUGCUCCGGGACUAACGACGGCCAACAUGAGGAACGUUCUAUCGAGUGUUUACCUUUCCACGAGCAUACUGCACGCCUGCACCGCUAUACCGAUCCCGUACGUCCAUACAGGACAGCAUGAUGCCGUGAUCUUCGGGAUGCUGGCCUGCCUGGGGCUCGGCUCCUUCAUAAUGGGGUUUUGCAUUUUCUGCAAAAAGAAGAGUGGCAAAUUUAAGAAAUUCAAAGACGGGGACAUCAUACAGGAAGUUAUAUCGACGGAGUAUCCCAUCCUGAAGGCGCUGAAUGUGCUGGAAUCUUCGGUACCGUGUGCCGUCAUCCCGUCGAGCCCAAACAACCUUUCCACCGAUAAUCUGCUGGACAAGAUUGAAACCUAUCAGCUCGAUGUGGACGACCACCACCACCACCGGCACGAUUCGUACUGUACGCGCCGUAGCGACCCACUGACCUGCACGUACGACGAGUUCGACCCGAACGACGAGUCGGACGAGCGGACGGAGCGGACGGCCACGACGGCGACGGUGGAACCGGUGGCCGGCGACGAGCCGCUCCUGUUCUCCGACGUGUUCGACGAGUCGCUCGAGCGGAGCGAAAAGUGCAACCUGACGGCGGUGUCCGCCGCACUGCCCACGUCGUCCGGCGAGGAGGACGAGGAUGGGUUGCCUCCACCGCCACCGCCGCCCCGAUCGGACGCGGAGGAGGACGAGGACGAGCGGCGCCCGCUGGUGAGCGACGAUAGUAUUGACGAGGCGGCCGCUACCACCGCCACGACCAUUACGGUCACGGCGACGGCCGCCCAGUCGGCCGAUGCGAUCAGCAUCGAGGAGGCGCUGCGUGCGCUCGACAUUGCGAUCGAGGGCGAGGAGGAUGAGGAGGACGAGGAGGACGAGGGGCAGGCGACACCGUUGAACGGGAGCGAUGACGAUGGGUCGAUGUCGCGCUCGAUCUACUCCGAGCCACCGCACGAGGAGGCCGCACCGAUGGUGGAAGAGGAAGCGGAGGUUGAGCCAGAGCCAGAGCCGGAACCAGAGAUGGAGCCAGCGGGGGAUCCAGCGAUGGAGCCCGUUCUUAAGCGGGAAGAUGUCGAGCAGCAGGCAGCAGAACUGGUGGACGAUGUGCUUUACAAAUGCCAGUACAUGCUGCAGAUGAUGGACGCCAACGGGAGUAACCUUUCGCCGCUCGAGGCGGACGAGUUUUCGCCCACUAACUCGCGGGGGAACAUAUUCGACGGGUGGGGCAACCUGGAGCUGGACGAGAAUGUGUCCUUCGCGCCGCUGGACGACGACAACGACGACGACGCGUGGUGGAAGGGACCGCUGGAACCGUUCGACGGUAGCGAGGACGACCAUGGGUGGAAUCGUGCUGGGAACGAUCCAUUCCAGGACGAUCAUACGUUCGAUCUGCUGCGCCAACAGCUGAGCCAGCUACUGCCACCCCAGGGCAAUGAUUGUGCCGGUGGAGCUCUUCGCACCGAGAACGAUCACGAUCAAGCGCCCGGUGGAAGCCCGAAAGCGCAGGGCAACGGGGGGACCGAUUACGACCGGCCGGAGCGUGAGACGGAGGAGAACGAAAUCAUCAUCAACUACAACCGGUCGCUGUCGCCCAUUUUGGAGGAGAACGAAGACGAAUGCAGCUUGCCCCCGUCGGUCAGCGUCGCGCACUGUUCCAACAUAGUGGAGAGUACGAUAGUAAGCACUGAGGGACCGGUGGUGUGCGAAGCGACCGAAUCGGUGCCCGCCCUCGCCCGGCGAAGCUCUCUAACGGCGUCCAAUGACACGCUGUUCAACCUGGAGGACGUGCUGGAGGACCGCUGCCUGACGCCGCCCCAGGACGAUACAUUCCCCGCGAGCAGCCGCAGCAGCAGCAACACCGCAUCCCCACGGACUAUGCUGGUCGAGGCCACCAAUGGCGAUGCGAGUGGGCUAGAGAAAUUGUACACCUUCUCAUCGCGCCUCAUGCCAGCACCAGCACCACCACCACUAUCCUCUCACGGUGGUGGCGCUACCCGGCCGGACGAUCAUCUACUACUGCAUCACCACCACCACCUCCACCAUAAUCAUAAUCAUCACCUACAUCAGCGGCAUCACGUACUGCUGUCCUCGAUCUGUUUGGACGAUUUAAGCGUCGAUGAUCUCGGCAUGGAGUCGCCUCCACCGCCACCGCCACCACCACCACCCUCACAGCCGUCGACCGUUGGCGGGGUAGGCAACAGUGCGGGCGGGCUACUCAUGGCCGAAACGAAGCAAGAUCUUCCCUCCUCGGCCUAACAAGGGGAGUAGCAGGAGCGCUACCGUUUCUUUUUCUUUUUCGAUAUUUUUAGUUUUCUUUUAGUAGAUCUGAGCUUCUGGUGAUGGUGGCAGUAGACCAAACCGGUGUAGUGUAGACACUGUGACCCAACAAAGGGUCACACAUACACACAAAGCACAUACACACACACACACGUUCAUCCCUUCUCGUCUACUCCUACAGACUGCUGUUUGAGCAGCAAACAAAUCUUAGUACUGAUUUGUACAUAAAUGUGACUGUGAGCGAGUGUGCAACUGUUAGUAGGUUUCUUCCGUUUGGAUGUAUUGUUAAUCAUUAUGAAAGAGGGCGAUGCGCGUACAUCACACAUCCAGCUGGGGAGGGGAAAACACUUGGAACUGGAAGUAUUUUACCGCCCCAAAGUAAGACACUCGUGGCUCGUUUGAUUACUCGGUGGAGAGGAAUGCUCGUACUAAAGGUACGGGCUUUUUGUGAAUAUGCGGUUGUUUAGUUAAUUAUUGUGUAUCCCGUGAAAAAGAAAAAAAUGGACACGGUCGGAUUGGACCCCGAGUAACCGA